UUGUGUGGCAAGGGGAGUUAGAUACGGGUGUUAGAAGGUUUGGAGGGGAGCUGAUACCUGAGCUCUAAGGCAACCUUGUCCUGCUGAGGCAUCCUUUGCCUGACAGAUCUUCAAUGUUGCUCCUGCUGCUCCUGCUCUUCCAGGAACUUCUCUGCCACAGGGCAAGCACAGUGGCUCCACAGGUUCUAAGACCCCAUUAUCCAGUAGCAGAAGAGCCCUCCUCUUUCCGCGUGCUCCAGGUCUCCUCCUUUGCCAACCACAGCUGGGCACAUACGCAGGCCUCAGGCUGGCUGGAUGAGCUGCAGACUCAUCGCUGGGACAAGGAUUUGGGCACCAUCCGCUUUCUGCGGCCCUGGUCUCAGGGUAACUUUAGCAAAGAAGAGUUGAAGAACUACCAAGCGCUAUUGCAGUUGUACUACCAUGGUUUCCCCCGGGAAGUGCAGGCCUUUGCCAGUCAGUUUCAGUUUGAAUGUGGAUACUCCAUCCUCCCGAUAUUGAUUUGUUUGACUGUCAUAGUUACCCUGGUCAUGUUGGUUGUGGUUGACUCAUGGUUUAAAAAGCAGAGAUCCAAUUGGAACAUCGGCCCUCCCCCUAUCUUUCUCAUAGAAGCCAACACCCAAGACCCCAGGAGUUCAGGAAAUCAGUUAUGGUUGGCACAGAAAUCAUGGAUCAAAAACAGAUUCUUGAAGAAAUGGAAAACAAGUCUCAACCAACUCUGAUGACACUUGUUUUACUUUAUACAUAAAAUUCUUGUCUGCUUCUUCUUAAACUUGGUUCAUACCAAAAAACAAAGCAUGAUUUUGUUAAAAUAGCUUGUUCUGGCAGAGAUUCUGACUGCUUUGGAAAUCUUCCCCCUCCCCUCCCCGCAUCUUCCAGCUUUCUCUUUUCUGCUUUGGCUACAUGUUCAUCACUAUUACUCCUUCAGACCCCAAUUCAGACACCUAUCUCUCAUGGAAGCUUCCCUGGAUUGCCCAAUUGAAAUCUCUUAUGUAUUCUUCAGAUCUUCCUAAAUACACUUAUCUUUUCUUACUCUAAAUAGCAGUUAUUUAGGUUUUUAGUCUUUUUUUUUUUGGUCACAAUUCCUUGAAAGCAGGAUUUAGGUGUUUGUAUUUGUGUCCAUAACCAAGAGCCCAACCUGGAUUCAGGGUCAGCUUCAUGGGCAUUUGACCUGUGCAGUUAUUAUCAUCUUGAAAGCCUUAAUAACUUUUGAACAAUGGAUUCAUUUUGUACUGGUAUUUUAAUUUUGUACUGGCCUCACAAAUUAUGUAGCCAGUCCUG